GCUGCACUCACAAAAAUAGCGUGAGAAAUCACAGUCCUUGAUAUGAUGUAAUUGGUUAUAUAUUUUCCUUCUUUCUACUGUUGCGUUCAUUCAUCUAUUUCUUGUUAUCAUCCGUUGCAUUUGUGUUACCACCACACUUCAAGAGGGGUGAUCGCGAAGGUAAAGUAAUACACGAUGACAGAAACUGGAGUUGAAUCUUCAAUACCGAAAUCGCAGUCAGUGGUGUCCUCUUUGCAAAACAACGUGAAUCAUUCCAACAAGGAAAAGAGCGAAUCUAUUUCAAGAAAUUGCGUAUACUCAUGUCGUCUGUGCCGGAAGGUGCUUUUCCAUGAGAUAGAUCUGCUACGGCACCUCCCAAAGGCAGGCGAAGCGGGGCGGCAUCCCUUUCAACGACAACGUGUUGCUGAUCAUAGUGGUGUUGAGGAGGAUGUGGUUUGUACCAGCUACUUUGUGGACCCGGACGUGACCACAUGGGUAACCAAAGAAAGCCGUGAUGCAAUGACCUCUGGUGAGGCGGUAGCACCAGACACGCUUUAUUGUCCUAAUCCUGCAUGCCGCGUCAAGUUGGGGACUCAAUCGUGGACGGGCACACAGUGCUCCUGUGGGGUAUGGGUGACGCCAGCCUUCAAAGUAUUAGGAAAGUGUGUGGAUAGAUUGGUCAUGGGCGCAUAAAAUCAACUGUAGAGUACUGUCACUUCCUGAAUCCUUCCCUUUUCAUUGAUCUUUAGGAAAAACAGGCGAGCUAACAUUAUAGCUAAUUUUAAAAUUU